GUCUGCCGCCGGAGCACAGUGUCUCCUGUCCAGCGUGUGGCCCAGGAACCUUCAAGUCCAAGCAGGGGGAAGGUCCCUGCUCUCCCUGUCCUCCCAACAGCCGGACCACCUCCGGAGCAGCAACAGUCUGCACAUGCCGAAACGGCUUUUUCCGGGCAGAUACAGAUCCCGCAGACAGCGCCUGCACCAGCAUCCCCUCCGCCCCCCGCAACGUCAUCUCCAACGUCAACGAGACGUCGCUGGUGCUGGAGUGGAGCGAGCCGCAGGACACGGGCGGGCGGGAUGACCUGCUCUACAACGUCAUCUGCAAGAAGUGCAGCGUGGAGCGGCGCCUGUGCACCCGCUGCGACGACAACGUGGAGUUCGUGCCGCGCCAGCUCGGCCUCACUGAGCGUCGCAUCUACAUCAGCAACCUGAUGGCCCACACCCAGUACACCUUCGAGAUCCAGGCUGUGAACGGCAUCUCCAACAAGAGCCCCUACCCUCCUCAUUUCGCCUCUGUCAACAUCACCACCAACCAGGCAGCCCCGUCUGCCGUGCCCACGAUGCACCUGCACAGCAGCACCGGGAACAGCAUGACACUGUCGUGGACUCCCCCGGAGAGACCCAAUGGCAUCAUUCUGGACUAUGAGAUCAAGUACUCGGAGAAGCAAGGCCAGAGCGAUGGCAUCGCCAACACAGUCACCAGCCAGAAGAACUCCGUGCGGCUGGACGGGCUGAAGGCCAAUGCUCGGUACAUGGUGCUUUUUUUGGUGGCUGGAUACGGCCGCUACAGCCUCCCCACGGAAUUUCAGACAACUGCAGAAGAUGGUUCCACCAGCAAGACUUUCCAGGAGCUGCCUCUGAUUGUGGGUUCAGCCACUGCGGGGCUGCUGUUCGUCAUCGUUGUGGUGAUCAUCGCUAUCGUCUGCUUCAGGAAGCAACGCAACAGCACGGACCCCGAGUACACGGAGAAGCUGCAGCAAUACGUCACCCCUGGGGUGAAGGUCUACAUUGACCCCUUCACCUAUGAGGACCCCAACGAAGCCGUCCGGGAAUUCGCCAAAGAGAUUGACAUCUCCUGCGUCAAAAUCGAGGAGGUCAUUGGAGCAGGGGAGUUCGGCGAGGUGUGCCGCGGGCGCCUGAAGCUGCCCGGCCGCCGUGAGAUCUUCGUGGCCAUCAAGACGCUGAAGGUGGGGUACACGGAGCGGCAGCGGCGGGACUUCCUGAGCGAGGCUAGCAUCAUGGGCCAGUUCGACCACCCCAACAUCAUCCACCUGGAGGGUGUGGUGACCAAGAGCCGCCCCGUCAUGAUCAUCACGGAGUUCAUGGAGAACUGUGCGCUCGACUCCUUCCUCCGGCUGAACGACGGGCAGUUCACAGUCAUCCAGCUGGUGGGGAUGCUGCGAGGCAUUGCUGCUGGCAUGAAGUACCUUUCAGAGAUGAACUACGUGCACCGGGAUCUGGCUGCUCGCAACAUCCUGGUCAACAGCAACUUGGUCUGCAAAGUGUCUGACUUCGGGCUCUCGCGCUUUCUGGAGGAUGACCCGGCCGACCCCACCUACACCAGCUCCCUGGGGGGCAAGAUCCCGAUCAGAUGGACGGCUCCUGAGGCCAUUGCCUACCGCAAAUUCACUUCAGCCAGCGAUGUGUGGAGCUACGGCAUCGUCAUGUGGGAAGUGAUGUCCUACGGGGAGCGACCUUACUGGGACAUGUCCAACCAGGACGUGAUCAAUGCAGUGGAGCAGGAUUACCGCCUGCCACCCCCCAUGGACUGCCCCACAGCACUGCACCAGCUGAUGCUGGACUGCUGGGUGCGGGACCGCAACCUGCGGCCCAAGUUUGCACAGAUCGUCAACACGCUGGACAAGCUCAUCCGCAACGCUGCCAGCCUGAAAGUCAUCGCCAGUGUCCAGUCUGGCAUCUCCCAGCCGCUUCUGGACCGCACUGUCCCGGAUUACACCACCUUCACCACCGUGGGAGACUGGCUGGAUGCCAUCAAAAUGGGACGGUACAAGGAGAACUUCGUCAAUGCCGGCUUUGCCUCCUUUGACCUGGUGGCACAGAUGACUGCAGAAGACCUGCUGAGGAUAGGGGUGACGCUAGCAGGGCACCAGAAGAAGAUACUGAGCAGCAUUCAGGACAUGAGGCUGCAGAUGAACCAGACGCUCCCGGUGCAGGUUUGACCGCAGGGGACUCUGCAUUGGAACGGACCGAGGGAACCUGCCAACCAGGUUCAGUUUGCGGUGCAGCCCGGCUUCCCGAUUCCCCCUUCACACGGCGCUCCUCUGCCUCGGACGGUCGCCUGGGACGGGACGGGACGCCCUUCCCUGGAUCGGAGGUACUAGUGCCGAGAGGGAGCCCAGCUUUUCGUCCCGUGUCCUGGAGCGGCGAGGCAGCAACACAUCUUCAUAUUGAAGAUGGAUUAUGGGACAGAGAUGGCACAUCCCGCUUCCCGCCCUGUCUCGGUGCUCAUCA